GAUGCCCGUGACACCCUCGCUCUGUGGUGACGCCCACUACUUCGCAGCCUUCAGUGGCACGAUUCACCCAAUUCUUUUGAGCUGGGUUCGUACUUCUAAUGUAACCUUUUCGAUUAUUGUAGGGCUACCGAGAUUUGCAGUUGUAGAACGCUUCGUGGCGAAGAUCAUUCAUCGAAGUUGUCUGGAUUUUACGCUGAGGCAUUUGAAGCUACAAUUGGUUGUUGGUCGAUCGGAUUAACGCCGGAUGUCUGAGGAUAGGUCGCGCAGUUGUUUGCUCAUCUACUGUGCUGUGAUUGCAGAAAUGGGAGCUUGUUCAUGUGUCAUUCUUGCACGCAUACAGUGAUUUGACAAGAUAUCAACCAUGAGACGCGCACUGUUUGCGGGGCGCCGCAAACUCGGAAGCAUUGAGGUGGUAGCGAAUUCUGCCACCCAGAAGAAUCAUGUCUAUUGCAAUUCUCGUGAAGCACCCUCGACACUGUUAUCGACCGCUUCGUCCGAGGCGUCGAGAGACGGCAUUUGGAGUCCCAAGUUUCGGGACUUGCUGAAAGAGCAGGUGAGACCGCUGCAUUGUGGCCAUCGUAGGGAAAUCAACUCAGCGAUCCAGGAGCAUCAAUCUUCUGACAAUACGCAAUUUGUUUCUGAAACUGCUAGCUUGUCCCGGAAGAGUAACUCGGUAAUUGAGAGCUCCAAUUACUUCCAUGGGGUUCCUGCUGUAGAAUCUAGACGGGGGCAACAGAGUCUGGACAUGGACGUUGACAGUACUUGCCGAAUAUUGGCAAGAGGUUGCUGGGGAUUCGAUAAGGAGAUUGCACUGGCAGGAUUAGGAUUAGGGUUUCACCCAAGCUAUGACUGGAAGGUGUUGCAAAAUCUGAGUAAUGUAGAUAUGGCAUACAAAUUCUUCAAAUGGGUGCGCACUCAGCGGGGAGGGGUGCCCAGCGUUCGAGCGUGCACUACCCUCGUAGAAAUGCUUGGAAUCGCAAGGCGCUUCAAUGAAGCAGAAGAAGUCCUAGCUGAAGUUGAGAAAUCUAGAUAUAUAUUGCAACCUCGGAUUUUUAUUGAGCUUGCCCGAGGCUAUGCAAGUGCGGGGCUGUUGGAGAAAUCUGUCGAGGCCCUAAAACGCAUGGAAGGCCAUCGAUGCGCACUCACAGCCUCGGCGUAUAAUUCUCUCAUUGACGCCUUUGUCAAAGCAGGCUACACUCAGAAAGCACUUGCUGUCUAUAGAGUAAUGGGGCAGUCAGGUUUGCGACCUGAUACGUACACAUUUAACGUCCUUAUGAAUGCGUUUAAGAAAGCCAAGAGGGUUGAUUCAGUGUGGAAAUUGUUCGAAGAGAUGCAAAAUCAAAAUUGUAGCCCCAAUGUAAUCACGUACAGUAUACUGAUAGAUGCUGUCUGCAAGUGUGGGGGAGUUGAGAAAGCUUUGAAAGUAUUUUUGGAUAUGAAAUCUCGUGGGUGUCGGCCUAAUAUCUUUACCUACACAUCAAUGAUUGAUGGGCUGGGCAAGUCCGGCCAUGUUGAUAAGGCAUUUUUUCUUUUUGAGGAAAUGACCUCGGAAGGUCUUGUCGCUACCAGGGUUGUCUAUAACUCGCUCAUUCAUGGAUUAGGAAGAAGUGGUCGGGCGGACGCCGCAGCGAAAUUAUUUAGAGAAAUGCUUUCAAAAGGUCUGCAACCCGAUCAUGUCACGUUCACCUCUCUUGUAUACGGGCUAGGUGUUGCAGGGCGAGCAAGCGAAGCUCGUCGGAUAUUUCAGGAAGCGAGGGAUGUUGGCUGUGCAUUGGAUGUCAAUUUGUACAAUGUACUGAUUGACACUCUCUGCAAAUCCAAGAGACUUGAUGAAGCAUGGGAGAUCUUUGGAGAAUUGGAAGAGGAUGGGUUGGUUCCAGAUGUUUACACGUUCAACGCUCUUAUGGACGGGCUUUGCAAGAGUGGUCGUAUUCACGAUGCCUUUAUUCUUCUCGGCGACAUGAAACGUGCUGGAUGUACACCAGACGUGACAGUGUAUAACACGCUCAUUGAUGGACUACGGAAAUCGGGCAGGGUUGAAGAGGCUGGGCAGCUUUUACUUGAAAUGCAGUCGUUGGGUUAUGAACCCGAUGUAGUCACUUACAACACACUCAUAGAUGAGUCAUGCAAGGGUGGUCGCAUUGAGGAUGCGUUGAGGCUGUUUGAAGAAAUCAGUGCAAAGGGAUUCGCUAAUACUGUUACGUACAACACUAUUCUUAAUGGGCUUUGUAUGGCAGGACGUGUUGAUGAAGCAUAUAAAUUGUUUAAUGGGAUGAAACAGGAGACAGUUGACGGUGUGAUCGACCCUGACUUUGUCACAUAUACCACUCUUUUAAAUGGUGCACGACAGGCCGGACUGUCUGAACUUGCCAAUUCGUUGAAGAGAUGGAGGCAUAGUGCAAGAGUUUAGGCUAUGCUUAUGCCAUGAUUGUAUCUUCAUGGAGAAGACUACCGCUAACCAUCACUACGUGUAAUGGAGAGGGUUUUGCUUCUUGCAAUUGAGAAUUUCAAUCAUAUACAUGCAUAUAGAACAAUACAUGCAUGACAGGGUUCGGAACGUAGGUAUCGUCUUCAAGCAGUGCUAUUUAUCCAUCUAUCUAUGUGCGUAUAUAUAUAUAUAUAUAUAUAUAUAUAUAUAUCGACCAGGGGCUUGGUGAUGGUUAUUCGUGUGGGUAUCACCCCAAUUUUUCUGAAUGAUGCUAUUAAGAGCUCUCCAAAUGCCUCAAACACUCUGAAGAACCAGAUACUACUCAUGGUUCAUCGCUCUCGUCAAGGAAUCGAGUAUCUGAUAGUGAAGAUCCGGCGAGACUCAAAUGUGGAUGCAUGUUGUAAUCAGAAGGUUCUUGGCAUCUUGAUAAACACGCCUCUAUGUCUAAGUUGACCUUCUCUUGUCUGAAGAACACCGACUCAGAUAUGCACCAAGACUUACAUAAUAUAAUACACAAACAAGUAAUUAAAAGAGCUAUGGCAAUUUUGCCUUCAUCAAGAUAGUCAGGCUGGUCGGCUACAACAAAGGCUGUCCACAUGCAUGUUGAAUUUUCAUGCCAUUAGUCAAGCUUUUUUGACAAAGAUGCAGAAUAUGGGCAAUUCUUGCAUUUCCUAAAUAAGAUAUUCUUGUAAUGAAGAAGCUUUCAUUGACAUAAGCAGGGACGGAGGGGAAUGCCUACAAGUUUCAGUCCAAAGUCUAAGCAACAACCAGUAGGACCUACAGGAGUUGUUUUCCAUAUUCAUCACUCAAUGUGAUGAAUAAACGUGGAUGACACUCGGAAUUAUUUGUGCUUUUGAGUUUCUGGAACUCCCUUGUAUUUUUCCACGCGAUGAUUGUGGUAACUUAUGCUUUGUCUGGUAAAAGACAAUCAUGCAUGUAUGAUGUGUGGUUGAGUA